AUGGGAAAGGAGGCAGACGUUACAGAAACAAGCGAAGAGACAACAAGGGGCUCACGAUAUAGCAGUCGUCUUCGCAAGCCAAGCAGAAAGGCGGUCGAGGAAAUGGGUCAGGCGCAGGACGGCGUAAAUGAAGAGAAAGCGGACUCUGAAAAAUCCGGCGAAAAAUCGAUAAGGAAUGCUGCUGAAGAAUUUUGCAUUUGUCGCAAAGGAGAUGAUGGAAAGCCAAUGGUGCUAUGCGCAAAUUGCAAUGAAUGGUAUCACUUCAAGUGCAUAGGAUUGACGAAAAAAGCUGCAGAGUCUUUGACAGAAUUCACUUGUCCUUCUUGUGUCGAUGAUAAGCAGCCGUCAGAAGUUGCAUCGGCACAAGACCCAGAACAGUCCAGUAAUGUACCAUCAGCAUCACCUAAGCGUAAAUUACAAGAGGCUGACGUUGUCAGUAAAAAGGCCCGGUCACAAGCGCCAACACUUUCACCUUCACGAGCGCAACAUGCCAAUUCGUCAAAUGUAACGAAAGAAUCUUCGUCUGCGAAUGUACAAACGAGUCGCAAGCUUUCCACCUCUGCAUCUAGCGGCUCGAAGUCAAACACCAGCUCUGCAAGCGCAGUUCAGCGAUCUCGCAGCGAUGCGCUUCGAAAACAUGCAGAAGAACAAUUUGCAGCAAUCUUUUCUGAAAUUAUGACGGAGGCAAGCGAGAACAAGCAAGAAGGAGAAGAACAGAGUCAGGAAUAUGCACAUAGUUUCGAAGGAGCCCUUUAUGAAAUGACGAAUGAGAGUGCCAUUAAUGCCAAUUUCCGCAUUGCAGGAAAAGCAUAUCGUGAUAAAUUACGAAGUUUCAUGUUCAAUUUAAAAGACAAAACCAAUAUCACCUUGCGUGCAAAGAUUGCUGAUGGCAUUAUUUCUGCUGUUGAACUUUCGAAUAUGUCAAGUGAAGAAUUGGCAAACGAUGCAAGACGAGAAGAAGUGGAAAGACGAAAGAAGGAAAGUUUGGAACAAAGUAUUCUCAAGAAGGAUAACGCACCUUUGCGAAAGUUGACUCACAAAGGAGAAAUUGAUAUCGAAUACGAAAAUCGACUUACGGAAGAUCAAGUUCAUUCUUCAAUCUCUGUAUCAAAUAGAGUGCAAGGCGACGAAGUGUCUGGAAAGAACCCUACCGGCCAAUCUACAGAGAAAGACAGUCAAGAUGAUAAGCUACCUGCUGCUAAAUCAUCUUCAUCAUCAGAUUUGCCCCGUCGAACGUCACAGUCGGUCCAAUCACCCACACUACCGUUUGAUUUCUCAAAUGUUUGGCAAGGUGACAAAGCUCCUGAUGAGAACGAUGAGGAUGUGCAGGCUCACUCAGAUCAAGAACAUGAAGAUAAUCAAGAUGGUGAUAUUUCAAUCGCCAUCAGGCAUACAGAAGAAGUUGAUGAUGACAGCAAGCAAGACGAAAUAGCAGACGAUUUCAUUGAUGACUUCCUGGGUAUGGAGGAGGACGGAAAGGGCAACGAUGUACAACAAUCGGGACAAGAGACAACCAGUCAAGACAACCUUCCUGCGAUUGGAUGGAAAGGAUCGAUUCACAUGCCAGACGAAGGCUUCUUUACCUGUGCUGUAAGACAGAUUGCGGGCAGAGAUCUUACAACACAAGAUUGGACAAAUUUGUUUCCAUCUCCAUUCUCACUCAUCGAAGGAAGAUUGCCGAGUGGAAGUGCGAUUCCGUAUUUGCUCGAGAGCAGGAUUGCUCCUCGUACUGAGCUGGUAGCACUCAUGGCAGAGCCUGAAUUCAUUCCCGAAAGUAUGCCUGAAGCCAACAAGAUUACGGAUGAAGAUGGAAAUGAAACUUCUUUCGAUCAUCUUGUCAAGUACUUCAAAGGCAAGGAUCGAUAUGGUGUCCUUCAACCUCUACGCUCGGCUAGAGGACGUGCGGUGAAGGAUUUCUAUAUGGCUGCAUUACCCAAAGAUCAACCAAUACCUGAGUGGCUUGCUCUACUUUCACCACAAUGUCUGUCUGAUGAGAAAGCGCAGAGACGUGGAAAGGAUUUGUUCCUGUUAGUCGGUGUCUUGUUCAGACAAGAUAUACCCUCUCAGGGCGCAUAUCGACCUGGACAACCAACCUCGAGUCUUACACCUCGAGAAGGUGGUGGAUAUACACCAGAUCAGAGCAACAGUACCGGCUUAGGAGGCGGAUCGUCAACAUUGCAAGACUUACUAAGAGCUGUAGGUGGCAAUACACGCUCAAACAAUACACCACCAAAUCUCGGAGGAGGAGGAACGCCGACCUCUUUCCCACAGCCAGCAUCUGUUACCCAGUCUGGCAUUGUUCCUCCAUCAUCCGUUCAAGCAUUGAGCGAAUUACCAAAGCCACAACUAGAAGAUGUUCUAACAAAGAAUCCGAAUUUGGUAGAAGAUCUUUUACGUACUUUGGGCAAGACAGCAUCUACAGCACCUGCAGGACCACCUGGUCCUCCACCAGCGAGACCUCCUAUGGCUGGAUACGGUGGAACACCACCGUAUGGUCAACAAGGAUAUGGCUCAAAUACCGCCUAUUCACAAAAUGCAUCAGGCUAUCAAGGAAACAGCCAAUACCAAUACGGAAGCAAUCAAAAUCAAUAUUACCCAAGCCACAACAACUCGCAAGGAUAUCAGCAAUACGGUUAUGGUCAGGAUGCUUCUCAACAAUACAAUCAAACACCCGCAAGCGAUGGUCGGAGAGAAUAUAACAACAAUAAUCAGAAUUAUGGAAGAGGAUACCAAUCAGGAGGAAGGUAUUAA